UAAGCCCCAAGAAAACAAAAUAAAGAAGAACGAACAAACAGAAAAAAAAAACACUUAGAGCAAAGAUCUGGUCACAACCACAAGACACGGAUCGAUGAAUAGAAUAGUAAAGUUUGAAAGCUCCAUGACGAAGAUGUCUGCUAAGAUGCGCCACGGUCUCACGACAGCGCUCCUUCUGUUCAUUAUGGUUCCGGUCGGUGAGACGAUUUGGCUAGACGUGCCUCCCUCGGGAACAAAGUGCGUGUCUGAAGAAAUACAGAGCAAUAUUGUCGUCUUGGCCGAUUACAUCAUCAUCUCCGAGGAUCAUUCCAUCAAACCCACUAUAUCCGCCAAGGUGACGUCCCCAUACGGAAACAAUCUGCACCAUUCAGAAAACGUGACGCAUGGAGAAUUUGCAUUUACGACAAAAGAAUCAGGGAACUACAUAGCCUGCUUUUGGGCAGAUGCAAAGAGUCACGGCAACAAGGACGUUAGCAUCAACGUUGAAUGGAAAACUGGAAUCGCUACUAAGGAUUGGGCUUCUAUUGCUAAGAAAGAGAAGCUCGAGGGAGUGGAGCUGGAGAUUAGGAAACUUGAAGGCGCAGUCGAAGCCAUCCAUGAAAAUCUAAUCUACCUAAGAAACAAAGAAGCAGACAUGAGGACAGUGAGUGAGAAAACGAACUCGCGAGUAGCUUGGUGCAGUAUGAUGUCGCUGGGCAUUUGCAUUGUUGUCUCUGGAUUACAGGUAGUCUACUUGAAGCAUUACUUUGAGAAGAAGAAGCUUAUCUAAGCUUUUUGACUCAUCCACUUCCUUCUAAGAGUUUCUAAUUAAAGGAACCAUAUUCAUUUUCCUCUCUUUUCUUUCUUGUUUACAUAUUUUUGCACCUUAUGUUAGUUAAGGGCUAUAAGCCUAAACAUGUUCUAUCUCUUUUUUAUUUAUUUAUUUACAUCAACUUAUUAUUGUAU